AAACAACUAGUAUGCACGUACAGUACUGUGUACCUAAACAAAACACUAGCGGACACAUUUUUAAACACUAAAGAUGGGUAAUUGAUUCUCAAAGAUAGAAAAGUUUGACAAGCGCUUGAAUAUCAUGAAAACUUGGAAAUACCAUUGCAAUUCUAGCUAUGUAUGUCCAGUAUCACCAGCUGAAUUGAGGUGACAAGAUAUUAAGACUUUUUCAUUGACAUACAUUUACAAUAAUGACAAUGAGCUAGUUGUUUCUUAUCGACGUUAUAUAUAUGUACAAUGUUGAAAAACUUCAAUCUACAUUCAACUCUACAAAAGGCACAAACCAGCUCGAUAUGCUUGGUGUGUUCUCACAAUGUACAGUAAACAUCCCCUGAUGGUAUCAGAUCAGUCUGUUGCAAUAGCCAGUACAUGUAUGUGUAAACUUUCAGUCAUUAGAACUUGGCAGGCUGCAAUGACCUGUGUUAAAACACCUGCCCACUAGUUGAUUAUAACAAAUGCCCUUCAUUCUGCACAAAUGGUACAUACAUUGUAUCUAUGAGAGCCAGUAGCUGCUCACACCCCCACAACAGUUGGAAUAUUGGAAAUGAACAGUCCCGUUCCCAAGCGCCUUCCGCCAAAGCACACCUGAGUCGUCCCCUGUCUGCAUGCGCACAGUCCCAGUGGCAGUUGGCAGUCGGCUGUCAGCACAGUUCCUCAUUGUUGUGAAGCCGCUGGGGUGCGCCAAACUUUCUCAGGCCCAAACUUUCUGCCAUUCUCCGCUGUUUUUCACAGCCCAAUGCCUGCAGUAAUUGCCACCAGCGGGCCGAAACCCGGGAAAAGUAUUGAUUUCUUUCUCAGCCAGAUUUAUUCUUUUCUUCUCGCCUGAAAGGGCGGUGUAGUUUCGACUGACCUCCCAUGCCACGCACGCCGCAUACUAAAGAUGGCAUGAAGGAGGCCGAUAACGACCCGUGGUGGGAGCCAAAUCCCUGAAUUUGCACCCGCCCGACUUUUAUCACCCAGAAAUUGCUCGAAAAAGUUUACGGCGAGCGUUUUUCAUUCCUUCCAGCCGACGCGCUUCCUGAAAUUCGACAAUAUCUGAUUUGUGCUUAUGGCUCUCGAACCGAAUGCGCGGGCGCUGACAUUUACGGUGAGAAGUUUUGCUCUGCUGGACCGCAAAGCGCGCCGAUUGAGUCUGGCCGACCGACUGGAACCCGCCUUGCGAUGAUAGAUAACGCUGACGCAGGUGCCUAGAUCACUGGAAUUCCUCAUCCACAACUUUUUUGUCAAUUUUUACCGCCCGGCAAGUAACUCACCACCCCUGUCCGCACCAGAGGGCACACGAGCACAAAUUGGGGGACACGCCAUAAACCUCUCCCCUCGUUCCACGGUAACGCACCCUUUAUGCUGCCUGGCACUUUUAUAGGUAUUGAGAUGCAAAUGCAGCCAGUCAAUGGAGGUUUCUCUCCCCCUACUGCUGCAUGACAGAUGGGUGUACAGGUCUAUAUGGCUUGUUAUUGUGACACCUGCUGACUUUCUGGCCUUCCCAGUACAACUCAACAUGACUCCCUUCACGUCCUGCAGUGUACCACUCCUGUGGUCUCACUGGGAGCGUCCCCCACUUCUCCUGACUCCUUCUCCCAACAUCCCCGCUUCCUUCCCUGCUACACCGUACUAUACACUAAACCAGCCAGCUGGAACAAAACACUGGGGAUCUUUCCUCCCCUUGGAUCUCCACCCAGUCUGGAUACAGGGCAUGCCUCUAUCUACUGCAGCAUCCAUGCAGACAUGAUCCUCCCCGGGGAUGCUCUAGAGAGCCCCUUCAUGCCACCGCUCCUUAAGAUUUUUAGGAGCACCUGUCUUGUAUCUUUCAGGGCUGCAGGAUACACCUAACCUGGUUCCACUAACAACCUCAGCCAGUAGACCCUUACCCAGGCCUCAGGCUAUCACAGGCUGCAUGCAUUCAGCACAUUUCAACUGUGCCCACCCGACCAUGCCACCGGAACAAGAGUGCCCCCGGCCUGUUAAUUCCCCGACUCUUACCGGCCUUUUCUUUUAUUUCUCGUCUUUCUUUCUUUCCAAUCACAGCAGACAAAAAAAGUUUCUUGCACGGCGCUCUGUCUGUCCACUCAACGAUCUUGGCGCUAGCGUGAAAUUAAGAAUUGAACAUUAAGCCCGCCAAGCGUUGGUGCAUGGAGGACGGGAAGGCGGGAGAAUAGCAGAUCCCCUCGGCUCGGUUCCGCUCGUCUGCCCCUGAUUCUCAUUAAAUGGGCCGGGGUAACGUGAUGGUGCUGGCAGCCACCGGAGCGGAAAAAAUAGAGAGAGGGCAGCCAAGCGGACGUGAUCGUGUGAUACAGGGGUCAUGCAGGCCGACUCGGCGGACACCACGACCGGCAUCAUCGCCCAACAAUGGAAGCGGAUGCGGCGGGACCUGGGCGACUCGACCAACCACAUGCUCAUCUCGGACCCUGCACAUGCCCAGAAGGUCCUGGAGGGCUUCCACGCACUGCGGGCAGAUAAAGUCUUGUGUGACUUUGUCAUCGUGGCGGAAAAGCAGAGCUUUGCCGUGCACAAGGCCGUUCUGGCAUCAAGUAGCGACUACUUCAAGGCCCUCUUUGCGGGGCUUUCCAAAGACUGCAAGCUGGAUAAGAUUGAACUACAGGGGGUGACAGCGGCCGGACUGUUCGCAGUGGUUGAGUAUCUCUACACGUCGAAUCUCACCCUGAGUCUCGGGAACGUGGAGGAAGUGCUCGUGGCUGCUAACAUCCUCGUCAUCCCGUCUGUCAUCAAACUCUGCUCCGAGUACCUCAACCAACAGAUAGCCUCAAACACGUGCAUGGAAGUCGCCAGUAUCGCCGCCAUGUUCAACCUACGCGAAACCAAAGACUUGGCCACAAAGUGCUUCAUCCAACAGUUCCAGGAUCUCAGCCUGGAGGAGAUCCUAGACGUGCUCGAGAGCGACCAGGAGUUCGCCUUCCCAGAAAUGACUCUCUUCAGAGUCGGACUCAUGUGGCUCAACCGUGAUCGGGAAAACCGGAUGCAGCAUGCAGCCACCCUCAUGACAAAAAUUCGCUUCCCCCUCAUUCCCGCGUCGGACUUGGUCGAACACGUUCAGACCGUAGACUUCAUGAAAAACGAACCCGUGUGUCAGAAACUGCUUCUCGACGCCAUGAACUAUCAUCUCAUGCCGCUGCGGCAGGUCGUGCUGCAGUCGCCGACCACGAGACUCAGAUGUCGCAAGCAGGCCAUCUUGGCAGUCGGAGGAAUACCAAAGGCCGGUGACCAGUCUGUCAACAACCCUCUCCACUUCUACAACGAGGAGAAGCGAGCAUGGGUCCCGCUGACUGUCAUGCCAUACAAGACGGGACACCAGUGCGUGGCCGUCAUCAACAACUUCCUCUUUGUUGCAGGUGGUGAGGACAGAUGGGACCCUGAGGGGAAGUACAGUGUUAACUCUGUCAGCCGCUAUGAUCCCAGGUUCAACACCUGGCUGCAGGUGGCCCCCAUGAACGAGAGACGGUCCUGUUUCUACAUGGGCAGUGUGGACGGCCAUCUGUACGCCAUAGGAGGUAGAAAUGCUGAUGGCUAUGUUGCCAGUGUGGAGUGCUACAGCCCUGACAAAAAUGAGUGGAAACAUGUCACCAACAUGGAGAAACCCUGUGCUGCCCACGCCGGCACUGUAUGGGAUGGAAAAAUCUUCAUAUCAGGAGGGGCUGUUUAUGGGGACUUUGUGAACACCAUGAGCACCUACGACCCCACAGAGAACCAGUGGGACAACAAGGCUGUGAUGGGGACCAAGCGAGCCCACCAUACCAUGGCUACCGUCAGGGACAAAAUAUAUGUCAUUGGUGGGAACCAUACAAAGGGUAACCAGUGUAUAGAUGUGCUGAUUGUGGAGUCGUACUGUCCGGAGAGCGACACCUGGUCCACGGUGGCUCCCAUCAUGGAGGGGCGGACAGGCCCGGGCAUCGCUGUACUGGAUCGCAAGGUUUGUGUCUUUAUUAAUACCUUAAAAGUUAAACUCUGUUUUUUCCUCAGUGUAUGA